AUGCGACUGGCUUUGUGGAUUUUGUGGACUGUUGCGUUUCUGGUCCUACAAAUUGCAGACGGAAUUCAUGCCGGACACAACUAUUACGGUCUAACUUCCGUAAACACUGGAAUGCGACACAAUUUUAUAGAACAACGAACCCGACAAAUUCCAAUGGAUCCGUACAAUCGGGGACUGUGGAAUCGUGUUCCCAUGUCCAGUCUGGAAUCGAGAGACAGAAUGUACCACUUCAGUCAUGUCCAUUAA